AUGGCGUCAGAUUCCGGCUUUUCUUUCCUUCCCCAAGGCGCCAUCAUUCAGGAAUUCAAGGUCGCUGGUCGUAACAUCGUCCUAGGGUACCCCACCCCAGAACCAUAUGCUGACUCGCCCUUUUUCGGUGAGACUAUUGGUCGCAUCGCGAAUAGAAUCAAGAAUGCGGAGUUCAGCCUCAAUGGGAAGUCAUACAAACUUGCGGCGAACGAGGGUCCUACUCAUCUCCACGGAGGCGUGAAAGGCUGGGGCAAGAAGAAGUUCAACGGCCCUCAGCCUGUCAAUCGCAACGGCAAAGAGGCCGUCCUUUUUACCUACGUCUCCCCAGACGGGGAAGAAGGAUAUCCCGGCACUGUAGAGCUGCGAGUGUGGUACACGGGAUACACCGAGGAUGAGGGCGGCGUCUCCAAGACUGUGCUCGAAACCGAGUAUGAAGUCGAGUUGACCGGUGAUGAAACCGAGGAGACCAUAGUCAAUGUCACCAAUCACGGAUACUGGAAUCUCAGCGAUGGGCCCACCAUUGAAGGAUCGGAAGUAACGCUAUAUACCUCGAAAUAUCUGGCAGUGGGCGACGCUCUCAUCCCGACUGGAGCGAUCGAAGACUUUCCCGGGAUUGAAGCGAAUAAGCCUUUUGUCCUCGGUCCUACCGAGCCUGAUAUCGACCACUGCUUCGUUGUCGACACAGACACAUCGAACUUUACAAUCGAUACACGGCAAAGGCCGCUCAAGCCCUUGAUCAGCGUAUCUCACCCGAAGACCCAAUUGCACCUCGAGGUCUUUAGCACGGAGCCUAGCUUUCAGUUCUAUACCGGUAAGCACAUCAAGGCCGCGGCAGCGGCCGACACUCCCGCAAGGGGGCCCCGGGCGGGAUUCUGCGUUGAGGCGGCACGAUUCAUCGAUGCUGUUAAUGUGCCCGAAUGGCGGAACCAAGUAGUGCUUAAGCGCGGCGAUGUCUGGGGCUCAAAAACCGUUCACAACGCCUGGAAGGCAUAA